AUGCCAGCACGUCAAACAUCAAGGAGUUUAAUUACCUCAAACAUAAAGGUGUAUGCAAAACCUACAGGAAAUCGGUGUGUUAAACUCUGUAAAUAUGGAGAAAAAAGAGGAUCAGAGUCCCGGCGUGGAGUGCGUGAGAGUUAUCCAGAGACCCCUCAGACUAACUUAGACUUGGAGGCUCAACAGCUGGCUCUCAUACAGAAGCAGGAGGAUGCCCUGAGGAACCAAGCCUACAGAAGUGUAUAUGAGCAAGAGUUGCCAAAUAUGGCACCCCAUGACCUGGGCUUGACCAGAAAGGAACCUGACACUCCCCAGGCCCUACUCCAAUCUGACAGUGCUUUUAUAGUGAUGUACAGUGAGGGAUUUGUUUCCAACCAAGAAGGAUGUGCGACAUCGACAAGCGUUUGUGCGUGUAAGGGUGCGGACAUCAUCUGUUCCAAUGCCAGAUUAUCUACGGUGCCGACAUUCAGAUCCACCGUCAGGGAAUACAACAGGCUCUUCCUCGACGGCAACCGAAUUAGUUCCAUCAAGAAAGGGGACUUCGCCAACCUGGUGACAGGUAGGGAACUUUUCAUCGCCUUGAACGGAAGCAGCACCACCAUCACAUUUGAGCCUGGUGGCUUUUCUGCACUCGCCAAUGUCAAUGUGAACUUAUACCUCGGAGAUAAUCCGACAGAUGUAAAUUUUGGACAAGCUUUGCAAGGUGUGAACAUCACGGAAUUGACCGUUAAUGACGCGAAAGUCUUGGAUAGUGGUACAAUGUUUACAUUAGGAGACACCCUGGAAAAGUUCUCCGUGGGAAUUGGGAGAUUGUCUGAAUGGCCAGAGCAGCUUCGCUUUUUACGCCGUCUUAAAUACCUCAUGGUGUCCAAUGAAAAACUAAAAACCAUUCCUGAUACGGCCUUCCAUGGAUUUGAGCACAGUUUGCGCAACCUAACGUUCUCAGACACUAGUUUGUUGCGCUUUCCCGAUGCUGUUUGUCACCUGACAAGACUACAAGCCUUGGAGAUGUCUCAUCAUCGUGGUUCCGUUCAUUACUCUCCCGUUCCAUACUGCCAGCAGCCAAUGUCGGGUGUGAAGAACUUGACGCUGCACGACGUUGGGCUCUCCCGCUUUCCCGAGAUUUUUCAUACAUUUCCUGGUCUACUGUAUGUUCAGGUUUCAGGCAAUUCAGAUCUGAAGUUCAUAGCCGAUGAAUCGCUUCCGCAAAACACGGCGGUGAAAACGCUGAACUUGGCCGGCAACGGGUUCAAACAGGUUCCAUCAUCACUAAGAUCCCUGCUUACACUGCUGCACUUGGACCUGUCUAAUAACGAAAUUUCUACACUAGAGAGGGGCGACCUGGACAGUCUGCCACACAUUCUGAGUCUCCGACUUGCCGGCAACCCCAUUGUUUACGUCUACGAUCUUGUUUUCGCGUCCGCGAGUUACUUGAAUCGGUUAGACCUGAGCAACACAAGUUUGACAAACAUCCCUAAAGCUGUCACCCACCUGUCCUCGGCAACUGAAAUUCUUGACCUUAGCAACAACAACAUCGAGUGCUCCUGCGACUUACAAUGGAUCCUGCAGUGGUCUGGAUCAGUCUCUAUCUUCGGCAAUUGUCGGUUUUCAACGGAAAGCUUCAAACAGUUCAUCAGCAAUAAACUCACGGAAUGUCAGAAUGAAAUUUAA